CACAAACACAUCACACAUUGUCCAAACAUCUCUUUCAUCCCAAUUGCAGAGCCCCGUAAACAAUUCGACUCCUCCUUCUCCAUCUCGGUUUCUAGCUAAUUGAAGCUCUACCUCCCUCCACUAUCUUUUCCAUUUCUCACCUUCCAAGUCCCGUAACUCUCGAUCUCUUGUUCCCGAAGUUUGACCUUGCCACCCCUCACGGCUUUGCCUUCCAACCACGAACCCACGACCCCAUUUUGUCAUCAGGCUUGCCCUAUUCUGCUUGCUUGCUUCCACUCGAUUCAACCCAACUCCUGCCCCAUCACUUCAAUCUCGACCGAACACGAUUUUCGUCUUGAGCCUGAACCCGUCACAUCAGGCUCUGUGUCUUCGACGUUUUCAUACCCUCGUUCGACCCGUUUCCGCGACACUGAGAGCUCGCCGGUUGCGCACCCAGCCUAAUUUUCGCUACGAAUCACACUCAUCAUAUCAAACUUCACAUCACAACACACAGCCACCAUGGCCUCCAACGGUAACUUCACCCAACAGGAUCAGUACAAGGAACCUGCCGACCAACAACCAACAGCUCCUACUACCUCUGCUGCCGAUGGCUCUGCCACCGCUGCCGCUUCUGCCACCAACAGCCAUUCCAAGGAUGAGGUUGGCUGGUAUUUCGUGGAACAAUUCUACACCACCCUAAGCAAGUUUCCUGAGAAGCUUCACCUUUUCUACGGCAAGCGCUCGCAAUUCGUCUGUGGUCGCGAAGCUGAGGUUGCCAAGGUCUCUGUUGGCCGACCGGACAUUCAAGAACGCAUCAAGAACCUAGACUUCCACGACUGCAAGGUCAGGAUAUCCAAUGUUGACUCCCAGGCUUCCUUUGAGAACAUCGUCAUCCAAGUGAUUGGCGAGACUUGCAACAACAACAAAGCACCCAAGAAGUUUGUCCAAACCUUUGUCCUUGCCCAGCAACCCUCCGGCUACUUUGUUCUCAAUGAUAUCCUGCGAUAUAUCGAUGAUGAGAGCGAUGACGAGUCUGCUGCUGCUUCUGAGGAGCCUGCCGCUCCAGCUACGGAGGAACUUGUUGCCGCUGUCGAGCCCGAGGCUCCCCAGUCUGUCGAGGAAACCAAGGAUGAGGCCCCUACCCUCGACCCCGAAGUUGUUGAUCAGAAGCUUGAAGAGGUUUCCACUUCUAAGGAUAGUGUGACCCUCAACGGCGACACCUCCGAGGAGUCUGUGACUAAGGAUCCUGAGACGAAGCCCGAGGAGCCCGCCGAGACCGCUGAUGAGGCUGCUAAGGAGCUUGCCGAGGAAGACGUGAAGGAGCCCGAGAAGCCUAAGGAUCCUAGCCCUACACCCGUUUCCAAGCCUGUCGCUCCUCCUCCUGCAGCUCCUCCUAAGCCCAUGACAUGGGCCAGCCGAGCUGCCGCUGCCCUUCCUAAGCCUGUUGUUCCUCUCCCCAAGACUACUACUCCUCCUGUGAGCCAGAGCCGUGCUCCCGCUCCUGCUGCUGCUGCCGCUACUUCUCAACCCGCUGCUGCUCCUGCUGCCAGCUCUACCGCGCCCGCCACUGAGUCCGCUGGUAAGGAUGCGGCUGGAUGGCAGACUGCAGGCAGUGACUCUAAGCGACAGAACCGACCUCAGUCUGUUUCCGGACCUCCUGCUGAUAAGGAAAGCACCACCGUAUACGUCAAGUUCGUCACGGAUAAGGUCCAGGACGCAGACCUCAGGAACGCCUUGACUGCUUUUGGCGAGCUGAAGAGCCUUGAUAUCAUACGCCAGAAGAACUGCGCAUUCGUUGAGUUCAAGACCCCCGAAGCCUCCAAGGCUGCGGUUGCUGCUAACCCUCACACCAUUAACGGCGAGACUAUCAUGGUCGAGUCCCGUCGCAACAAGCCCGGUGCCAAUAACGCUGGUGGCCGAGGCCCCGUUUCUGGACGUGGCCGUGGUGGCGCUGAGGGCGGACGAUCUGGUGGCCAGGGCCCCCGAGGCAACUUCUCUGGUCAAAACCGUGGCCGUGGUGGCGCUCCCCGCGGCCGUGGUGGUGCCCAGUCCCAUAACGCUUAAGCAAUAGCGACUGGUAUAUAUAAAGUGGCAACGAUCAGACAUUGACACCAGUAGUCAGUCAGUCUUGGUUUGCUAUCUAGGUCCCGGAACGACUGGGACCCCAAAUCGAAGCAAUCACAACUAAUCUACGUGAUAUACAUAACCAUUCAAACAUCAACACGAGGGGACGACAACAGAAAACAAGCUCAGCAGAUGGUCAGGGGGAGCGGUAAGGGAGCGGAGUUUGGUAUUCCCUUUCGGAGGAAGGAUGGAGUUGGGAAUUUGGAGUCAUAAUUGUUCGUUUUCAUUCCGGUGGUUUGCGCGCUGCAUCUGCAUCUGAUCCUCUCAGCUGGCGAUUGGGUUACGGAUUUCAGCGAAAACAGGGGAAAGGUCAUAGGCUGGGAGCUUUGGUUUGGCAUCAUUACUUUCUAAUGACCGUGUACAUUCUUACAAAAGCGAACGGACGGGCGAUAGAGGUGGCAGUACUCGGAUGGGCAGAAGGACGUCGACGGGUAUACAUACUCACGAAUCAGUGACAGUUGAUGAUGGUGGACGAGAGUCCAGGCCUGUGAUGAAUGAAUGGGCCUGGAGGGACCGUGUUCUGUACCUUUUACUGUGCAAGUAGUAAUGAUCAGUACCUCUUUGGUUUCCAUUGCUUGAGUCGAGCUACCAGACCAGACCGGAUCAGAUCAGCAAGUGAAUGCAAAAUUUUCAUAUCAAGUCAACGUUUUCAUGCCAUGUCAUGUGAGGCAGGUAACGUAGC